AUGGGGGAUGAUCUCGCGAAUAAUCUCAGCACCUCCGCAACUUCGUAUAACUUGGUCGACAAAUACAAUGAGUACAGUAUUCAAAUAAUACGUUGGAUUCUCAAGACGAUUAAUGUGUGGCCGCGCCCUGCCGAUGCCUCAAUCGCCGAGAAGAUCCGUUCCGAUUUCGCCACAUUCACGUGCUACCUCCUGAUAAUUGUCAUCCUGGUUCCGGCCGCUUUGAGUUUGUUCAUCGACGAGCAGGAGUCCUACGAGGUCAGAGUGCAGGCCUUCGGCCCGAUCACCUUCUGGUUCAUAGCGAUUGUGAAUUAUUCGUGCCUCCUGAUCCACGUUGACGACAUACACGACUGUGUGGAGCACGUGAGAGCGGACUGGACGAUCAUCAAGAGAUUCGAGGAUCACAGAGUGAUGCUGAGGAGCGCCAAGAUAGGCCGAUUCAUCGCCGGUUUCUGCGCCGUGUUCAUGCAGGGCGGCAUUUUCACGUACAACAUCGUCCAAGGUUUCACCACGUGUAUCCUACACGUGGAAAAUGGCAGCAUAGUGGUCCGCGCGUUACCCUUUCCCUUUUACAACAAGAUUCUGAACGCGCACUUCAGCCCGGCAUACGAGUUCGUGUUCUUUUUGCAGUGCCUUUCGUCCUUCGUCGUCAAUAGCGUCACGGUGGCUACAUGCGGCCUGAUCGCGGUUUUCGUGAUGCACGCGUGCGGCCAAAUGAAAAUCAUGAUAUCCUGGCUCGAAAAUCUCAUAGAUGACAGAGACGAGGAAAGAACUUCCGUGACGCAAAGGUUCGCAAUAAUCGUGAAUCAUCAUUUGAGAAUCUUGAGUUUUGUAUCCCGUACAGAGAAAAUUAUGAAUAUAAUAUGCCUUAUGGAAUUAAUUGGAUGUACUAUGCAUAUGUGUAUCUUAGGAUAUUAUUGUAUUAUGGACUUUAUUCUAGGCCAACAUCAGAAUAUCGUGACACAUUCAAUGGUAUUAUUUUCGAUUACUUUUAAUAUUUUUAUAUUUUGUUACAUCGGAGAGCUACUUUCUGAUCAGGGCGAACAGAUUGGUAAAUCAGCCUACAUGACAAACUGGUACCUCCUGCCUGGAAAAACAGCUCAAGGAUUCGUUCUGAUAAUUUUAAGAUCCAACGCUACCCUCAAGAUAACUGCCGGAAAGAUUGUUCAGCUCUCAUUUUCCACUUUCAGUGAUGUAAUUAAAUCUGCGGUAGCGUAUUUAAAUCUACUUCGAACUGUACUGGUUACAUAA